AGACUUGAAUGCGAAACCAACCUCACCCUUUAUGAUUGUGGUUGAUUGAGUUCAUUACAAAAGUCAGAAAGUAAAAAAUGUAUUGUAUGAUCAUCAGAACAAAAAACAUGGGUUGUUUUAAUCUACUUCUUUUCUUCAUCUACUUGUUUUCUCUCUCAAGCUUACUGAUCAUACAAAACACAGCUGCACAAGCACAGCCAGUAUAUGUUUACCAUUUCUGUUUGGGAAGUAAUUAUACGACUAACAGUGCGUUUCAAAAGAACCUUAAUAUUCUUUUACCUUCUCUCUCAUCACCCAACAAUUCAAGAAUAAGAAAUGGAUACUAUAACUCCACAGCCGGACGAAACCCGGAUACGGUUUACGGCUCUUUACAAUGUAGAGGUGAUAUUUCAUCAGAGGAUUGUCAAACUUGUGCUGAAACUGCAGCUAAAGAUAUCAUUACAGAUGAGAGAUGCCCAACCUCUAAACAAGCAAUUAUAUGGUAUGAAAUGUGCAUGAUAAGGUAUUCAAAUCAGUAUUACUUCAAUUUAAUGCAAGAUAGUCCGAGAGUUUAUUUAUUAAAUGUUAACAACGUUACCGAUCCGGUUAAGUUUAAUCCAAUUUUAGCGGAUUUAUUGAACGAUUUGGUGAAAAAAGCUAUUACAAAUGGUUCUUCAAAUUUUGCUACUGCGGAUACAAGUUUUAAUGAUUUCCAAAAAGUAUAUGGGUUAGUACAGUGUACUACUGAUAUUUUACCGAGGAGAUGUAAUGAAUGUCUUGUUGGAGCUAUCUCUGAAUUACCUAAUUGCUGUUAUGGGAAACAAGGUGGAAGGGUUAUUAGACCAAGUUGUAAUUUAAGAUAUGAAUUAUAUCCUUUCGCUCAAUCUGCACCUACUCCAUCGCCGCCUCCACUGUCUCCUUUUCCUUCUCCUCCCGUUUUACAGCCAUCAUCGACGAAUACGAGUACAACUACACCAAACGCAAAGGGAAAUUCAUCCAUACUAGCUAUUAGUAUCGUCAUUCCUUCUGUUAUUGCAGCACUUGCCACCAUUGCCUUUUGGUUCUUCUGUUUUCGAAGAAAGAGAACAAAGACACAGAAGCUCGUCAAUGUUGAUGAUGAGAUGCAAAGUACAGAAUUGCAAUUUAACUUCAGCACUAUAAGUGGCGCAACAGACAACUUCUCUGAAGCUAAUAAACUUGGAGAAGGUGGAUUUGGGUCUGUUUAUAAGGGUACACUCUCUGACGGACAGGAAAUAGCCGUGAAGAGGCUUUCGAAAAAUUCAGGUCAAGGUGCACAAGAGUUCAAAAAUGAAGUUACCUUAGUAGCUAAACUUCAGCACCGAAAUCUUGUGAGACUUCUAGGCUUCUGUAUAGAUGGUGAAGAAAAAUUACUCGUCUAUGAAUUCAUGCCAAAUGGAAGCCUUGACCAAUUCCUAUUCGAUCCAGAUAAGUGUGCACAUCUGGACUGGGAAAGACGAUACAAGAUAAUAGGAGGGAUAGCAAGAGGUCUUCUCUAUCUUCAUGAGGAGUCUCGACUAAAAAUUAUCCACCGAGAUCUCAAAGCUAGCAAUAUUUUAUUAGACACAGACAUGAAUCCUAAAAUUGGAGAUUUCGGCAUGGCUAGGCUUUUUGUGGUUGACCAAACACAAGCUAAUACAAAUAGAGUUGUCGGAACUUAUGGCUACAUGGCUCCUGAGUAUGCAAUGCAUGGACAAUUCUCUGUGAAAUCAGACGUAUUUAGUUUUGGUGUUUUAGUUAUAGAGAUUCUCAGUGGACAGAAAAACAAUUGUUUUCAAGAGUCAGAUGUUUCUCAGGACCUUCUAAGCUAUGCAUGGAGACAUUGGAAGAAUGGAUCUCCUGUAGAAUUGUUAGAUUCAACUUUAAAGGACACAUGUUCUAGAAGUGAAGCGAUGAGAUGCAUCCACAUUGGGUUAUUAUGUGUUCAAGAAAAUGUUGCAGAUAGACCCACAAUGCCAACGGUCCUCCUAAUGCUCAAUAGCCACUCUGUCAGUCUCGAUUUACCUUCAGCACCUGCUUUUUUUGCUGGUAGUACAAGGUGCAUAGAACCCAAAUCGUCUCCAUAUCUAGGCCAAAGUGAAGAACAAGGAAUCCCGCAGGACAAGUCACCUGAUGAAUCAGCAGCAUGGAGCAUCAAUGAAACUUCAAUAAGUGAACUUUAUCCUAGAUGAGGUCCAUGAGGACGAUCUCUGGGUUCAUAAUCUCGUUCUUGUCAUUUUCCUUUUUUUUUUUUCUCAGUUGGUUGGCACUUGGCAGUACCUAAUUUUCUUUUUCUUUUUCCUUGUUUGUUAGAGCAUUGGGGAUUAGAUUCUCAUAGUAAAAUUUAAUCUUCCUUAUAGUUUCCAUUAAAUUUGUAAACUACAUUUUCGAAAUUUAAUAUUCCCUCCGUACCACAUA